AUUGAAGUUAAAUCCAUUGAUAUAGUCGCUUCCACGUCAAACGCAUUCCAGGAACAAGGUGAGAAAGAAAAGGGAGAAACAUAGUGAAGAAAAAAAUACGAGAUUGAAAGGCAUCUAUAUACUAAUAUAUAUCAAACAUUAGGAUUUAAAGGAAAAAUUGAUAAUGAACGACCAUAAAAAAGGAGAAGAAGGCCUAAAAGGCAUGAAAGAUUAUCAAGAUCCUCAUAUAUUCGUCAUUGGAGGAGCCUCGGGAGAUUUAGCAAAGAGGAAAAUUUAUCCUAGCCUAUGGUCGCUAUAUAAAAAUGAUUUAAUGCCUAAAAAUACAUUCUUCGUUGGAUAUUCAAGAUCAAAGCUAACAGUAUCCACUAUAAGGAAAGCUGUGGAAAAAUAUUUCGGAAACAUUGGCAAUGAUAUAGAUAAAUUGGAAGAAUUUUGGAAAAGGAAUUUUUAUAUAGCUGCUGAAUCUUAUGAUCACAGUGAAAGCUUUGAAAGACUAGAUAUUCAUAUUACACAAAUAAGUGAAAAAGCACAUAGAAUAUUUUACCUUGCACUUCCUCCUGAAGUUUAUGUACCAUUUAGCCAACUAGUACAUGACCAUUGUAUGGCAAGAGGUGAUUCUUCGACUAGAGUUGUUGUUGAAAAACCAUUUGGACACGAUUCAGAAUCUUCCGCUAAUCUUUCUGAUCAUCUUUCCAAUUUAUUCACUGAAGAACAAUUAUAUCGUACUGAUCAUUAUUUGGGAAAGGAAAUGGUACAAAAUUUAGUUUUCCAGAGGUUUGGUAAUCGUGUAUUUUCCCCAAUAUGGAAUAGGGAUAAUAUCGCAUCAGUAGUUAUAUCUUUUAAAGAAAACUUUGGUACAUAUGGCAGAUUAGGAUACUUCGAUCAAUCUGGUAUAAUUAGAGAUAUUAUGCAAAAUCAUUUACUCCAAAUACUAUCUAUAAUCGCAAUGGAAAAGCCUGUUUCUUUAAAUGCAGAAGAUAUUCGGGAUGAGAAAGUAAAAGUUUUAAAGUGUAUAGCUCCUAUUGAGCUCGAUAAUGUUGUCCUUGGCCAAUAUAAGGGUGAUCCGAAUGGCACAACUGAUGAGUCUAAGAAGGGAUAUUUGGAUGACGAAACUCUUCAAGACAAAGGAUCUAUCACUCCAACUUUUGCAACGACGGUAUUGUAUGUUAAGAAUGAAAGAUGGGAUGGCGUCCCUUUCAUCCUUCGCGCUGGAAAAGCCUUGAAUGAAAGAAAAUGCGAAGUGAGAGUUCAAAUGAAGGAUGUUCCCGGUGAUAUAUUCAGUAAAGGCGAGCUAGCUAGAAAUGAGCUGGUCAUUCAAAUACAACCGAACGAAGCAAUCUAUUUAAAAAUAAUAGGAAAACAACCAGGAAAUUCAAGCGAUUGUCAGGAAACAGAGCUUGAUCUAACCUACGCUCUUCGUUACCCUGGUCAAAAUCUACCCGACGCCUACGAAAGGUUAAUUCUUGACAUCUUCCGCAAUUCUCAAACUCACUUUGUUCGAACUGAUGAACUAUCCGAAGCUUGGAGAAUCUUUACUCCACUGUUGCAUAGAAUUGAUGAAGAACGAAUUGCGCCCCUUAGAUAUGAAUACGGUUCCCGAGGACCGGAAGAAUCUGAUAAUUUAGUCAGAGAACAUAACUAUACCUUUUACCGGAACUUAUAAAUGAUCUAAACCUGAAUGAUAGCUAUUUGUUCUUCGAAUAUUAUAGAAAAGUUUCUUUAUCUUGGUUUAAAUGUUAAGAAAUGAAUAAAAAGAGUAUCAAAACAAGUCUGCUGUUCCUUUUCGUUAUAUAUAAAGUAUA